AAAAAAGAUUUUAUUCACUUAAUGAUUUCUGUUAAGCAAACAUUGUGAAGCUAAUAUUUUUAUCACCUCAGCAGAGAAGAACGUUUAGAUUUAUUCUCACUUCAAUAUAUUUAUUAAGGUGUUAGACUUAUUUUCACAUUAAAACUUUAAAGCUAUAGAAAAUAGAACAGGCUGUAUUCAAAGCCCGCUUAGCUGUUGGGAAUUAAAAAACAAGCAGGUUGCUCAUGUAUUCAUUUCUCAGUAGCAGCAUAACAUGGUGGAAAUUUUACAUUAACUUAAGAACAUUUUUUCUAAAACAAUACAAUAUAUAUAUAUAUGUUUUUUUUUAACAUUAAUGUGAGUAGCAGCCAUCUUGAUUUACGACUGUGGCGGGAAUUUCUGCUUUAACUUUAAACCCUUCACAAACGAAUUGAUAUUGGAGUUGGAUUGACGUGGUUGCUAUGGUGAUUCCCGCUUUAUUUUUUCAGGGAAUGGGAGACAGUCUGACCUAUUAGAACUGUGAGUUAGAAAUGUUGCUCUGUUAAACAGAACAACACGAUUUUGGUACAAACUUGUGUUGGUUUAAUGUAAAGCUAAAUACUUUCAGUAAAUAAACUGGAGCUUUAAAUGAAUUAUUUUGAUAAAAGUCCCAGUGAAAUCACUUCUACUUUAGGAUACUUUCCUGCUUUUUUUGAUGCCAGAACUCAACUCUGAUUGGUCAGAGCAGGCCUCCCCUGCCAUUCUCCAGCAGAUGUUUUGUGCUGAAAAUAAUUAAACCCACUGCUGAAGAGGCACAAGGCGGGGCGAAGGAGGAUGAUGAGUGAGGUCUUCCUCGGCUCCGUAUAUAUGGCUGCAGCUACAGAUGGUGAUGAUGGUGUGGGCCGCCGCGGAAUCAAAGGAAACAUGAGCUUGACUGUACACCCGGACCUGAACACCUCAGCUUGGCCCGGCCCCUCCACCAACGUCUCGGGUCAGCCUGCAGUCAGAGUGACACGGCUCAGCCCAGCUCAGCAGGUCCUCGUCGUCAUGGUAACCGCCUCACUCAGCGUGGUCACCGUCCUGGGCAACCUGCUGGUCAUCUUGUCGAUAAAAGUGAACAGCCGCCUGCGGACGGUCAACAACUACUUUCUGCUGAGCCUGGCGGCGGCUGACCUGAUUGUAGGCCUGCUGUCCAUGAACCUGUACACGCUGUACCGGGUGAGGGGCCAGUGGCCCCUGGGGGCUGCUCUCUGCGACACUUGGCUUGUUCUGGACUAUGCAGUUAGCAGCGCUUCUGUGAUGAACCUUCUGCUCAUCAGUUUGGACCGGUAUCUCUGCAUGACACGACUGCAAAGCUACUCAGCGUGGAGGACAAGGAAGAUGGCUGGCCUGAUGAUCGGCGCCGCCUGGGUGCUGUCCUUCGUCCUGUGGGCCCCCGCCAUCCUUUGCUGGCAGUCAGCUGGUAGCAGGCGUGUUGUCCCAGAGGGUCACUGUUACAUCCAGCUGCUGGUCAGCCCGGCGGUCACUCUGGGGACGUCACUCCCUUCCUUUUACCUGCCGGCUCUCACCAUGAUCGUGCUCUACGGGCGCCUGUCAGCUGCCAGUCAUGCACGUUUGAGCGCGCUCCAGGUGGAGCGGGCCACCCCCAGCACACCUAGCUACUUCCACCAAGACUUUCUCCUGAAACGACACAGUUCUGUAACCAGUGACCAAGGCUCAGAGUCAUCAGUGAAGCGGAAUGACAGCAUCCACAAGGAGAUCAGGAGGUCUGUGGAGAUGGAGGGCUGGAGACAUGUGGUUGUGGACGAAGACUCCACUAAUAACCAGACAGAUCUGCUGUCAAGAAAAGACCUCCACUGGCGGGCCUCAGAGGCGCUUUCUACCUUCAGGUGUCAGGAGGGAAGGAGGCAGCGGGUAAUGGCGAGGGAGAGGAGAGUCACCAAAACGAUCCUGGCCAUCCUGCUGGCCUUCAUCCUCACCUGGACGCCGUACAACAUCAUGGCUGUGGUCGCCGCCUUCUGUCACAUCUGCAUCCCGGACGUUGUGUGGAGCCUGGGUUACUGGCUGUGCUACGUCAACAGCGCCAUCAACCCUGGCUGCUAUGCUCUUUGCAACACAACCUUCAGGAGGACCUUCUGCAGCCUCCUGCACUGCAGGAAGCUUUACUGAUAAAGACCAGGUGACACUGCUAACGGCUGUUUUUAUUGAGAUUACAUCAAGUUCACUGAGCUUCAAUCAUGUCCUUUCAAAGAAACAAAGCUGCUAGUUUAUGUAAAUAAGGAAAAUACCAACAUUAUUUUUUCUAUCUUCAAUUAUUAGAUUUCUUGUGAAAAACAGCGUUCUUCAUAUUUAUACAGCCUCUUAAAGUACCACUCUGAUCAUCUUUUGAGCUAUUUUCAAAACCUUCAGCCACAAUUUAAAAAAAAAAAACUGUUGUUUUUUAGGACAUAGUUUCUGCAGAGCGACAGGAGUUCAUUAAAAACUCUGCCUCUGAGUUGUGGGUGGAGCAACGGCGCCCUCCUUUCCUGUCACCCAUGACUGAAAGCUGUUUGCUUACAUGCUCUUCUGUUAGUUUACAGCCCCUCACAACCCCAACUUGACAUUAACAAAAUGGCGAGAAAUAUUGGAGCUAUCCGACUGUACAGUUUGGAGCCAGACGCCAGCUUAGACGAGGAAAACAAAGAUGUACGUAGAUCGAGUCGUUUAGAAGUGGAUGCUUUCGAAUAGAUUGAAGCAGGGAGCUUUUGGACCAUCUAGCAUAUUUUUUGUCACAAAGAAGCUCAGCAUUUUUUCAUCUGCUCCUGAUUUUAGAGAUAUUCAGAAAUACAAUUUUGAGCUUCAUUUUCUUUAUACAUCUCCUCCAUCAUCGUAAAACCGCCCCAAGAACACAUGAAAAACUCAAUUUUCAUCAGAGUGGGUCUUUAAGAGAUCAAACUUUAUCAUUUAGAAUCCAUGAUUAAGAACUGAUGAUUAGAGACAAACUGCAGGAGGUAUAAUCCCCUUUUAACCCCUGUGCUAUCCUAGGCACUUUAACAUUGGGAGUUGGGUCAUCUAGACCCACUAGACAGUGCU